AGUCCGCGGGCGAACGGGUGAGAAGGGAGACCCGCAGCCGCAGCAGCCUGGCCCUACCUGUCCUCCAUUUCUGAUACGAACUGGAGGUGUGGUAGAGGCUGACAAGACGUUAUUGUUGUUGCGAUCAGGUGCAAUGGAGGCGGCGGUGCUGAAUCCCGCGAUAAUGACGGAGGUGGAUUGCAACAGCAACACCCUGAACGCCGAGCUGGAGGUGAAGAAGCUGCAGGAGCUGGUGCGGAAACUGGAGCGGCAGAACGAGCAGCUGCGGACCCGGGCUGUGCUGCCUCCAAACACAGCGUGCGUCCUCGGAAGCGCCGGUGGAUACUGUCUACCCAGCCCGCUGCCCACCCUGCUGUGCCAGUCGUCCUUGGGGUCAUUCGCGUCCCCGGAGGAGCCCUUCGAUUAUUUCCAUCCGCACACCGCCGGGGAUGGAGCAGCUGCCGCGGGGGAGGCGGAGGACGGAUCCGACCCGUCGGUUCUGGAUGAGCUGGAGCUUUUGGACUUGGAUUCUCUGUGCAGCCCCGAUGAGUCUGAUGAAACAUGGUUGUAUGUGUCAUCAAAGGCCACGGAGUUUGCAGAUAACUCCCUCACACCUCUACAGUGGUGCCGGCAGGUUCUGGACUGUCCCAAAUCAGAGGUGGAGGUCGCCAGGCGAUCGCUGUCCCUCCGGCUGGAACAAGUGUCCAGGUGGCGUAGCUCCCUGUCGAACCCGUCCCCCUCCUCCUCCCCCGGCCCCCCUGUGAGUCGAGUGGCCGGAGCGUCUCCCAUCGGUGCUGCCCCUUCAGCCAAACCCUGUUCCACUGCCCAGUCGUCCGAAAGACACGCUCCAUCCCUCUCUUCCCCACUCCACCCAGUCCUCCAUCGGACGCUGAGUCCCGUAGGGAAGGAGCUCUCCCCCGUAGCUGAGAGGGCUCCCACCUUCCUCCCUCACCCAACCAACCGAAGCCGCAGCCUCAGGCGCUCAGCCUUCAGUCCGCAGUCAUCCAUGGACAGCGACCUUGGUGCUUCAGAGGCAGAGGACGACUCCAUCACUCUGGGAUACAAACUGCAAGACCUCACAGACGUCCAGGUCAUGGCCCGGCUGCAGGAGGAGAGUCUGAGGCAGGACUACGCCAGCACAUCAUCCAUCCUGGCCAACCGCCGCAGCCAAAGCUUCACCUUCCAGCUCAGCCAGCUCAGUGCCGGCCCCGACCUGGAGGAGGAAGACGAGGAGGACGACGAAGACUACGGCCUCCUGCCCCCACCGCAGCCACGCCUCACCCGCCUGCCGCACUCCCACACUUUCUCCAGCAUCCGAGACUGGCGAAGAAGCACCAGUUCCCUGUCCACCCCUCCUUCCACCCCCUCCACCCCUCCAUACCCUUCCGCUGGGUUCGCCUUUCAACCUCAGCCCCAAGCUCAGCCACAGGGACUGGAACUGGGCAGCUUCCACACGUUCGAGCAUCAGGGCUUCAGACCAGGAUCAGCCGGAUGUGAGAAUAAGCUGCGGAGGAGCAUGCCUAACCUUGACAGAGCUCCCAGCAUGCCGAGCGUGCCCAUCAUUCCGACCAAUCCCAGUGCUUCCCCGUCUUUGCUUCGUAACAGCCAGAGUUUUGAUUCGUCCAGCGGGCUUGCUCGCCUGCAGUCGUCCAGCCCCUCCCCAGGUCAACUCCAAAACAGGGUCCAGAGCGUUGGAAAUUUCUCCUCCUUGUCGCGGCAACCGCUGAAGGCUACCGCCUACGUCAGUCCCACCAUCAAGGACUCGGCUUCAUUGCCGACCUCUACCAGCCUCCAGUCCCCGAACAGUAACAGCGGUGUCAGCAGCUCGGCAAACCGGUGUCCACAGCUCGGCAAACCAGCCAGCGGAGCAGGGACGCACACUUCCACUCCGAGCACUCCCCGCAGCAGCCUGCCCCGUCCCGCCUCUUUUGUGGCCAACACAAGCUCCACCCCCUGCAACAAGGUGGCCCAACCUGCACGAAGUUUACUCACACCUCCAAAGAGCUUGUCCACCCUCAGUGCCCUUCGUGACAUCACCUGGAGAGACGGCUGCUACUGAGCAACGGACACACCGGUGCAGUACAACCCCGCUGGCUGGGGUAACUCACGACACCUCAACACCACCAAUUAUUUCACGGGGACACUGAAUGGGCUCUUUGACUAUUGAUGAAAGGAGUCUCAUGCUACGCUAUUUAUUCUUAAAUUUAUUUUGAAAAUUUUUAACUCAUCAGGUCGGGCAAUAAGUGCCAGUGAUGCUGCUAAAAUGGAAUUAGUCCCUCUUUCACUUUGGUCUCAUUUGGUGCAAUUUUUACAAGCGAGACAUUAAAGUAUGUAUUCCUGUACAAAGAUAACUAUCGAGUGUUUUUAAACGUGCAUCUUCACCAAAAUGAAAAUGCCUGAAUGUGUUUACCAAAUUGUCUCCUCACCACUUUGUGUAAAUGAACAUGUAUAUUGUCAUGCUUUGUAAAAGUGUCACAAUUCAAAAUGUUCUCUCUGCUAAUGUUUGCACUUAAUUCCCCUUUGAUAUCUUCUAGAUUUCACAGUAGUACGUGGCAUAAUGUAGCACCUUUUCUUUGUCAUAUUGAACGUGUUUUUAAAUAAGUGUUGACACGGCACAUUUCACGAAGUUGUCAGACUUUUGGAACUGUCAUGGAAACAAAUGCUUUAA